AUGCUAACAAAACAACUGGAGGUAUUAGGAUUGGCUGAGAAACCUCAGUUGGUUACUCGCUUUCAGGAAGUUUUCCGAUCCAUGUGGUCUGUGAAUGGUGAUUCUGUCAGUAAAAUUUAUGCUGGAACUGGAGCCCUUGAAGGAAAAGCUAAGGCUGGAAAGCUGAAGGAUGGUGCUCGUUCUGUGACCAGAACGAUUCAAAAUAACUUUUUUGAUAGCUCCAAGCAGGAGGCCAUUGAUGUUUUGUUAUUGGGAAAUACCCUAAAUAGUGAUUUAGCAGAUAAAGCACGGGCUCUCUUAACCACCAGCAGUUUACGCGUUUCAGAGCAAUCAUUACAAUCAGCAUCUGUAAAAGUGCUAAAGAGUAUGUGUGAAAACUUUUAUAAGUAUGCAAAACCGAAAAAAAUUAGAGUCUGCGUCGGGACGUGGAACGUCAACGGGGGGAAGCAGUUUCGAAGUAUUGCCUUUAGAAAUCAGACCCUCACUGACUGGCUUCUAGAUGCACCAAAGUUAGCUGGUAUUCAUGAAUUCCAAGAUCACAAAAGCAAGCCUGUAGACAUAUUUGCCAUUGGAUUUGAAGAAAUGGUGGAGCUAAAUGCAGGAAACAUAGUGAAUGCCAGCACAACCAAUCAGAAGCUCUGGGCUGCUGAACUGCAGAAGACUAUAUCAAGAGAUUACAAGUAUGUGCUGCUGGCUUCUGAGCAGUUGGUGGGCGUCUGCCUUUUUGUGUUCAUCAGGCCCCAGCAUGCUCCUUUUAUCAGGGAUGUUGCUGUUGAUACUGUAAAGACUGGCAUGGGAGGAGCCACUGGUAAUAAAGGUGCAGUAGCCAUUAGGAUGUUGUUUCAUACAUCCAGUCUUUGCUUUGUCUGCAGUCAUUUUGCUGCAGGGCAAUCACAAGUUAAAGAGAGAAAUGAAGACUUCGUAGAAAUAGCUCGCAAGCUCAGUUUUCCAAUGGGAAGGAUGCUCUUUUCCCAUGAUUAUAUCUUUUGGUGUGGUGACUUUAAUUAUCGAAUAGAUAUUCCAAAUGAGGAGGUUAAGGACCUAAUACGACAACAGAACUGGGAUUCCCUUAUAGCAGGAGACCAACUUAUCAAUCAGAAAAAUUCUGGACAGAUUUUUAGGGGAUUUUUGGAAGGGAAAAUAAAUUUUGCUCCUACAUACAAAUAUGAUCUGUUUUCUGAUGACUAUGACACCAGUGAAAAAUGUCGCACACCAGCAUGGACAGAUCGUAUUCUUUGGAGAAGAAGAAAAUGGCCUUUUGACCGAUCAGCUGAAGACCUGGAUCUUCUGAAUGCUAGUUUUCAUGAUGAGAGUAAUGUCCCUUAUACAUGGAAUCCUGGUACUUUGUUGCACUACGGAAGAGCAGAGCUGAAAACAUCUGAUCAUAGGCCUGUGGUUGCAUUGAUUGACAUUGACAUAUUUGAAAUUGAAGCAGAAGAGAGACAAAAAGUUUAUAAGGAGGUGAUUGCAAUGCAAGGACCACCUGAUGGUACUGUAAUGGUCUCCAUCAGAAGUUCUUCAGCAGAAGAAAACUAUUUUGAUGAUAACUUGAUUGAUGAUCUUCUUCAAAAAUUUGCAAGCUAUGGUGAAGUUAUACUUAUAAGGUUCGUGGAAGACAAGAUGUGGGUAACAUUUUUGGAAGGAAGCUCUGCUUUGAAUGUUAUGAAUUUGAAUGGUACUGAGCUACUAGGAAGGAUUAUAAACAUAAGCUUGAAAAAUCCAGAUUGGAUCAGAAGUCUGGAAAAUGAAAUGAAUCUAGAGAAAAUUAAUAUUGGGCUGCCUUCAUCAACAAGCUCCACUUUGCUUUGUGAAGAUGCUGAGGUUACUGCAGACUAUGAUAUGGAAGGAGACAUUGAUGACUAUAGUGCUGAAGUGGAGGAAAUCCUUCCUCAGCAUCUACAGCCAACUUCAGGCUCUGGUCUUGGAACCUCCCCAAGCUCUUCACCACGUUCCAGUCCCUGUCAAUCCCCUACACUGUCAGAUGGACCUGCACUCCCAGCGAGACCGAGCCGAGCACCAACAAAAGCUCCUGGACCACCUGUUUCCAAUUCUUCAGCUGAAUUUCAGCUUGGUACCCAGCAGAAGGAGUCUCCUCAGAGCUUGGAGCCUAAGCGCCCUCCGCCACCUCGCCCCGUUGCUCCUCCUGCACGCCCCACUCCACCACAGAGGCCGCCUCCACCAUCAGGCGGUAGGAGUCCUGCACCUGCUAGAAAAGAAUUUGGAGGUCUUGGAGCUCCUCCCAGUCCUGGGGUAGCUAGGAGAGAAGUAGAAGCACAAAAAAGUCCUGGAACACAAAGAAAAGAUAACUUAGUUCGUAAUCAGCCUCCACCUCUAACUGGAAUUUCAAGCGCAGGAACUGCUGGAUAUGGUACAACCAGACCGACUGUUCCACCUCGAGCUGGAGUUAUUAGUGCACCGCAAAGCCAUGUCCGUCCCUCUGGGGGAAGACCUGAAACUCAGACCAAACCAGCUGAACCACCAAGGAGCUCACCGUUGCUUCCGGAACCACUAAAGCCUCAGGCUGCUGGACCUGCUCAGCCCACUACUCAGCCACUGCCUGUGCUAAGGAUGCAGGAGCCUCUGAUACCUGUGGCAUCACAUCCAUCUCAGACAAGUGCCCCACAAAGUCUGGAACCCCCACAACCGCCUCCUCGUAGCCGAUCAUCUCACAGUUUGCCUUCCGAAUCUGCUCCUUCACAGCAGCAAAUUAAAACAAAUGGAACGUACGGCACUAAACUUGAAACACAGUUAAACAGUGACCCUUUUGAAGAUUUGUCAUUUAAGCUGCUAGUGUCAAAGAUGCAGACAUCUGUUCGAACAUCACCUGUUCCGACUUUAAACCAAAAGGAGUUUAUACAGUUGCCUUCAGCAACACAAAGAAAUGCUGAUAUUUUGAAUACUGUAAAUUGCAUGCCAGCAAUGCCUCCUAUUCCAACCUUUAACACAUCCCAGGAACAUAAGUGCAGCUCUCCAAAUCCAUUUAUUACUGGACUGAACUGCACAUAUCCAUUCACUGAAAGAACUCCUAAUGCUGGAAACCCGUUUAGAACAGAAACACAAGAGUCUGAAAUAACUUCACUUUUACUAGAAGGACGUGCCACUUGCAAUCCUUUCCCUUCUCUAAAUCGCCCCAACUGUAAUACAAGCAAGCCUGUAUUUUCUGUUGAUCCAUCUGAAAACAGUUUUUGCUUGCGAAGUAACUCUCUCAUGGUAAAAAGUGUACAGCCAAAAGGAUGGGUAACAUUUGAUGAGGAGGAGGAGAAUUUCAAUGUAAAGCUAAAGCCAUCUAAAAGUGUUCCAGAUUUUAAGCAAAUCAGUUCCAGAAGGUCAGCUGGAUCUCCAGAUUUGCUGGGCACUGAACAAAAUACUUUUCUUGGUUCAGACUUUAACUUUGAUAAUGACUGGAAUAAAAGUUCUACUGAUUGCUUCUAUACAAUGCCAGCAAGAAGACCACCUGCACCUCCUAUACCAUCAAGAAUAACCAGCAACAGAUCCCCUGCAGAUCCUUUCACUUCUUUGGCACCUAAGGUGUCACCAACGCAAGAUUUUACAGAAAGAUAG